AAUGUGUGGCUGGUUACGAUGAUUAAUAAUGUUAAGUAUUUUAAGAAGGUUCGAUCAAACCCGGAAAAGAUUAUUCCUCUUCAUCUGGGUCAGUUCUGUAUUUUUUGCACUCUGGCGUUUUAGCAGGGUUACACAAACUUUUUUUAUGAAAUACACUGAUGAUUAUGGCGAUUUUGAACCAGGGUGGUUGAUUUUAAAUUCUCAUAAAAAGGACAAAUCAGAUUUUGAAUGGGAAACAAUAUCUUUUUUAUUAAAAACAAAUUAUGUGCACAUAAUUGUAUAUUUAGUUAGUUUUGAAUGUUUAAGAGUUUCCCACAUUAGUGAAAAGAGUCUACAAUAUUUCCAAAUAACUUUUUCGGUGAUGUAUUUAUUUUCGCAAAUGGGCUACCUAUUGACCUGGAUUUUGUUGAUCCAACCAAUUACAUUUAUCAUAGUUGGUGCACUGCAUAGCAAAUUGUGUAUUUGGAUUUGCAACCUGACAUUCAUAGGACUAAGUGCUGUCUUCAAAAAAAUAAAUUCAGAUGAAACAUUUUUAAAGCAAUAUAGAAUUAACCACUAUGAAACUUACAUUAGUAUAUUGAUAUUGAGUUGGAUGAAUCUCAGAUGUACAAGUUAUUACUUAACUACUUCAAAAGAAGAUAUUAGAAAGUUCUUAGCAUAUUGUUUAUACUUUCCUACAAUGUGCACAGGACCAUUCCUAUCAUUUAAACAUUUUGAUGGAAUGUAUUGCAAAAAAUUUGAACCUAUUGCGAUACGAAUAAAAAAUCUGAUUUUAAACAUUUUGAGGUGUCUUAUAUGGUUUACCUUUGGAGAGAUAUGUUUGCAUUAUAUUUACGUUAAUGCUACAGGAUUUCAACCAGAGUUUGUAAAACAAUUUGAUAUGUGGACUCUUUGUGGGUAUGGAUAUGCAAUGGGUCAGUUUUUCCAUUUAAAAUAUAUUGUGAUUUAUGGGCUAAGUACAAGCAUUGCUUCUUUCGAAAAUAUCACUACACCUAGUUUGCCUAGAUGCAUUGGCAGGAUUCAUCUGUACUCUGAAAUGUGGAAAUAUUUUGAUCCGGGAUUAUACGAUUUUCUGAAAAUGUGUAUAUAUAUCCCUUUAAGACGAUUCCAUCUGAACAAAUUUCUGUCUUCAUUGUUAUGUUUUUCGUUUAUAUUUAUCUGGCAUGGAAUUGCCCAACACAUUUUUAUUUGGGUAGUUGCAAAUUUUAUUGGUAUCAAUUUAGAAUCUUUGGCAAAUAUUAUUUAUGAGUCUUGCUUAAAAAAUACCGAAAUUGUAAAAAGUUUAGGCUCAACCAAAUUGCAAAUUUUGAAAAACCUUUUAGCAUCACCAUUGUUAGCUGCCUCUGCCGUUUCAAAUUUUUAUUUUUUUGCUGGAGUUGAUAUAGGAUAUAUUUUUCUUCAAAGUUUUUUAACAGAGACUUUUUUCAACAAAAUGGUGCUGUUGUCUAUAUUGUAUUGCUGUUGUGAAGUAUCCAUUAGUUUGAGAGACAUGAAAGCGAGAAGUUUGUAACUUAAACCGAGGUCAAUAAUUUUGUUUACUCAGUGUAAAAACACAAAAUUAUAACUAUAGGACACUUUGCAAUUAAAGCGAAUAAAGAGAAUUCAUAUUGUAUACUUAUUUUUAUAGCAAGAGAU